AUGAAGUAUAUAUUCCACUGUCUCUCCUACUACCUGAAGGAGUACCCACUCCGCACCAACAUGUUACUCAGCACUACAGUAGGCUUUUGCGGGGACGUUGUGUGCCAGACCGUCUACGAGCCAUUCUCACAUUCGCGCCCACCGCUGACACGUGAGCGACUGCCCAACGAGAGCCAAAACUCACCGUUUCUCAUAACCGUUCAAUCUCCGUUUCUCUGUGCUCGUCAGCGGUGGCGUGCGUACCAAGGGGGCCGCAGCACGGCGGAGUCGUCCCUUGUUGAUGGUGCGGCAAAAAAUGCAGAGCACCCGACCUCUUCUUCAGCGGUGGGUGGCAACACCAUGCUUCUAGACCUGCGCCGUAGCAUGAUCUUCUGCAGUUUUACGUUUCUCUUCGGCGUACCGUACUUCUUGUGGGUGUACCGCCACCUGGACCGCCUCAUCAACCCGGCAUCAAUAACCAAGCGAAGUGCAAUUGGGAAAGGAUUCCUCAGCUACAUCGCGGCGCAGCUGAUAAACCCGAUUUACCUCAGCUACGUCACCAUCAUGGAGCAUUUCUUCAUCUACCGCGAUGGCCGUGAUGGGCGGAGGCGCGUGAUGGCGAUUCCGAUGAACACGACUUCCAAGGUGCAAGAGCAUGUCGUGGUGGCCGGUGACGAUGACGCCAGCGCUGCGGAUGCGCAGAAGAGCACCGGGCGUUUCCGCUUUCUUUUCAACCCCUUCCGCAACACCACGAGUGAACUGGAUGCGACCACGAUUCAAAAGAUGGGCUAUUACUACCGCAUCGUCGACAAUCACGAAUUUAACCUCCAUGAAUACUUGGCGUGUGUGUCGAUGGAUGUGAGGCGGAAACUCAUCUAUGACUUCCCCGACAUCAUGAAGUAUGCACUGGUAUUCUGGUCGCUCAACUGGCUCCCGAUGUUCUACUACAUACCAGGUCACUUUCGCCUCGCCUACUCGUCUGGCUUGCAGGUGGUGUGGAGCGGGAUCAUGUCUCACGUCCUACAUCGCUGGAAGAAGCUGGACGGGGAGGACAUCAGAAUGAAGCAGCGCCUACACACACUGUAG